AUGCUAGAUAAACUUGGGUAUGUGUUUGCCAGAACACUAUUCACAAUUUUUAUAACAUUAUCUAAUAUAUAUAUACACAUGACAACUAAUGCAUUCAUAUUGAUCUCCUUCUUUAAAGAUGUUGGAGAUGCGGGAUCAGCUCCUACCAACGGAUCUACACCAUCAUCUCCUGCCUUGAUGUUCUCCCUCGCUCUCUCUCCCCCCUUCUCUCUCUCUCUACCUUCGCUCCCCUCCCCUAUCAUAUGC